CCCCUGGGCUCCACUUCUGCCUGCUGUGCUCUCAUCAAAGCCACGAGGCAACACAGGCAGCAGUCGGGCUCACCCGGACGACGCGGGAAAAAAAGAAGGGAAAACAAGAAAAUCUCAGGCCUGGGUGAUCAAUCCUCCUCCACCACCGCAUCCACGACGCCUCUCAGACGCAUCUGCUCCCACCAUCAGCAGCACCAAUGGCUUUCCGGGCGCGGGGACAGCCGCCCCCCUCGCGCGGCCACUUGCUGGACUUUAGCCAGCAGCACGAAAAGAACAGCAACGGGAUGGUCCAUCGCCUCAAGACGCGCAUCUCCAGCUGGAAGUUGCUGUCGCGCCGCUCCAAGACCCACACGAACCUUGCCUCGCUGUGUCCAGAGACCGCCGGCGAACCGACCGACCCGGCACAGGAGCGCAGGGGAAUACUGCGAACCUGCACUGCCGCUGACCUGAACAUGCUCACCAGCACCUACGCUCCCCAGCCGGCCCCGAGCCCCCACGCCCACGAGAUGGACGCCGAGGCGACCGCUCAGUACAUGCCACAGUUCGUCUCGUCCGGUGUCGACCACGACCCGUUCGCCGACGAGGACAUGUUCAACACGAGCCUGAACUCGAUGCUACGGACAGAGCCGGACCUCCUAGGAUCGUCGACGCCGCGCAGGUUCCUCUCGGUCCUGGAGCCCAAGCUGCCGACUGUCCGCCGCCAGAGCGUCUCCAAGGUCGAGAAGCGCUCGUCCCUGGUCAAGCAGGAAUCGGGCCUCAAUAGGGCAUUCCUUGCACGGAUGAGGUCCUCCUCCGAUGCCGGGAGCUUCGUUCCGUUUGAGAUUCCAGAGCGCCGCUCGUCCAUUGUUUGCUUGGCCGGCUCGCAAAAGAGACAGCUUGAGGAGCAGAUCUCGAUCAGCAGCACAAAGAAUGAGACGGCUACCCAGACUGGCGGAGCGGGUUGGCGGCUCUCUGAUUCUGGACGCAGCAGUCCCAGGACUCCAUCACGUCGAUCGUCCAUUUGCCUUCCACGACGGAGUUCGACCGCCCAGGAUCUCUCUCGGCCAUGCCAUCAGCGCCUGAGGCCCAGACGCUCUUCUCUACAAAAGAGGACGCCUCAGCUUAAUCACAAGUCAAAGAACCAGGAGCUCCGCGCCUCGUUGCCACCGUCCCCGGCUCGCUCUGAUAUCUCCAAGAUGUCAAGUCGCUGCUCCUCCGAGACGGCCAACGAAGCCUCAACCGAGGUGGAGCGAGGGCGAAAGACGACUCAGUAUGCUGAACAGAAGCUACGCCAACUUGUCUUGUCACCAUCCAUCCCACUACUUCUGCCGACGCCACCGUCAGAGCCCGAUCUGGGCGAGACGGUAUACAAGUGCUUCCCGGUAGAUCUCGGGAAAAAACACCCAUCCCCAACGAAGCUUGAGUGGGAGGACAUCAAGCAGAAGUGGCAAAUGGGUGCGAGUGUGCAUGCGAACUAGCUCUGUGUCUAAGAUAUGUUUCGGUACGCCAUCCGAAACGAGAUACACCAAGUCGACGAAUCCUGAACCGGCCAGGUCGGAUCCCUUUGCAGAUAUUCCAGGCUUAUCACCUCUGCCAUCUCGGCUCGGACAGAAAUCCCCUGAAUAUCAGCUGCGCAUGCUGGUGUUAUUCCCGAGCCACUUGGAUUUGGCAUAUCUCGCCGUCUGCCUUAGUGGUUCACAAGUCCCAUGAGAUAACGGCGUCACGAAGGAACCAUUUGCUUGGCUCCGCCAGACCAACAGAGCAACAGGAAGAAGAGAGUGAAGAGUGGCGGGAAAGAAAGAAAAAGAGAAAAAAAAGUACCUAGUGUUCUGGACGAGAUUUCGAGGGCGCAGGAAGUACAUCACGAUCUACAUGUUGGAGUAUAAUAUGAGCCGUCAACGGCGCCACUGGCUUUCCCACUUAACCAGGCCAACUUACAUACCGGAGGUUUCCUCUUUAAUUUGCCUUCCAUUGGAAGUUCUCUACUCAAACCUUUAUUUUCUCUGAGAGACGGGCAAGAUUCAUGUACGAGUAGCUGAACUGCAGAGUCCACAAGGAUAGCCGGACGCAUGCAUCGCUGAGACGGGGCCCAGAAUCACGGGGCUGGUCACGGAGAUGAGAUGGGUAGAAGGGAAUCCCUUGAAGUGGCAUGGACUGGAUGGGCCAUAGCAACAGAGAUAGUUGAAAUGCGCACACACAGCCCGAGACAGAACCGACUCUAGAAAGACAAAAGACAGGUGCACGCAAACGCCCCCAGUAUAAAUCAUAACUCAUGCGCCAUUGGC